CUAGGCUUCGCCCUACCCCCGAUCGACCGACAUAAGCAAAAAAAAAAUCAGUUGCCUAUGAAAUAACAAUUGCACAUAUAAAUGUAUCCUUAUUCUUACCAUGGCGGUGAAGUCGGUUUCGAGCUUGUGGCUAUAAACCUAACUGACAAAGUUAAUUAAUAUAAAUCUCCAAAGCCAUGACAAGUUACCAGGCUAGGAUUCUAGCUCAGUUGGUACUUGGUACAAAGUACUCUGGAGAGCCUUCGCCACCUGGUUGCAACAGGCACCCUUGUGCCUACCUACUUUCUUUGUACGACUGUAAAAGAUAAAGUAAGAGGCCAAACAAUUUCAACCGGCCAAAGUCAUCGGUGCAUGCAUGGCAGCGGCAGAGAAUUCUUGGCCUAUAUAUACGCGUCGACGCUUCCAUGUACACCCGGCAGCCACCUUCGCGUCUCACUUCUCCAUCCUUAAUUUAUCACGUUUACGAGCACUAGGCAACCAUGUCCAUUCCAAGACUAUCCACCUUCCUCGUCGUGCUCUUACCUACGUUUUGGACGGCCGCGGUCUCCGUGCGCAGCUCAACGCUGCUCCUGGCACGCUCACACUCGCUGCUGUCGCCCAACACCGGCGCGCCGCUCACCGUGUGGGCAGCGUCCCUCACCGCGCAGUCCGCCGCCGACGUGACACGCGUUGCUACGCUCACGGCGGCCAAAGCCAAAACCAAAAGCAAAAGCAAAGGCCGAUCGUUCGUGCCGAUCGCGCCGGGCCGGCAGAUCCUCAGCAUCCCCAACUACGUGGCCCGUGCGCGGCUCGGCACGUCGCCGCAGACGCUGCUGGUCGCCAUCGACCCCAGCAACGACGCCGCCUGGAUCCCGUGCAGCGCCUGCGUCGGCUGCGCGCCCAAGUCGUCCCCGUCAUUCGCCCCGACGGACUCGUCCACGUACCGGCCCGUGCGGUGCGGCUCGCCGCAGUGCGCGCAGGUGCCGGGUGCCGCGUCCUGCCCCGGCGGUGCCGGCGCGUCGUGCGCGUUCAACCUGUCGUAUGGCUCGUCCACGUUCCAGGCCGUUCUCGGCCAGGACGUGCUCGCCCUCGAGGGCGCCGGAGCCGCGUCGUCCUACACGUUCGGCUGCCUCCGCGUGGUCACCGGCCGGUCCGUGCCGCCGCAGGGGCUCCUCGGCUUUGGGCGCGGGCCGCUCUCCUUCCUGUCACAGACGAAGGACACCUACGGCUUGGUCUUCUCCUACUGCCUCCCGAGCUACAAGUCCUCCAACUUCUCCGGGACGCUGAGGCUCGGCCCCGCCGGGCAGCCGAAGCGGAUUAAGACGACGCCGCUGCUGUACAACCCCCACCGCCCCACCCUGUACUACGUCGACAUGGUCGGCAUCCACGUGGGCGGCAGGGCCGUAGCCGUGCCGGCGUCGGCACUCGCGUCGUUCGACCCGGCCACGGGCACCGGUGGCACGAUCGUGGACGCGGGCACCAUGUUCACGCGGCUUUCGCCCCCCGUGUACGCGGCCGUGCGCGACGCGUUCCGGCGCAAGGCGCGGGCGCCCGUGUCGGCGCCUCUGGGCGGGUUCGACACGUGCUACAACGUGACCGGCCUCCGGGUGCCGAGCGUGACGUUCGCUUUUGCUGGCGGGGCGGGCGCAGCCGUGACGCUGCCGGAGGAGAACGUGAUGAUCCACAGCUCGUCUGGCGGUGUCACGUGCCUGGCGAUGGCGUCGGGGUCAUCGGAGGGGGUGAACGCCGGGCUCAAUGUGCUGGCCAGCAUGCAGCAGCAGAACCACCGUGUGCUCUUCGACGUCGCCAACGGCCGCGUCGGGUUCUCGCGCGAGCUAUGCACUGCCUGAUCAAUAUGCGCGCGCGAAGAGUAACUAGUACGGGAAAAUCUCGGUCGAUCAAAACUUAACCAAAUCUCAGUCUGUUAAGACUUACGUGGAGAUCCGUGAAAUUUUUCUUUUUGACUUUCUUCUUCUUUAGUACUCCCUCUGUCCCAUAAUAGAAGAACGUUUUAGCAGUAGUGUAGUGCUAAAACGUUCUUAUAUUAUGGGACGGAGGAAGUACAUGCUAUGCCACUUGACGAAGACUUGGUUAAAUUUGAAUCGACUAAGACCUAACUAGUAUGUACUCCCAUUCAUGUCAUCGUGUAUUAUGCUACUUGGCAGUGGGCAGUCGAGUAGUAGGUUUGUAUUUGCCAUGGGAACAAGGUGAUUUUGUUUUGCGCAUGACACUAACUAAGAAAUGUGGUGUUUCUGGAUUCAAAAUUUUCUCAUUAAGUUCUGAAGUUGUAUCUUUCUUCUAGGAAAUGUAGCCUGUGGUUGC